AUGCUACGCAAGAGUUGGGCACUGCACGGCUUCUACAAACUGCCCGGGCGAAAGUCGCUGGAUGAGAUCUGCAAGUUGAGCCUUCUUGAGGCGACACCGACGGCACAAGUGGCGACGAUAUGGAACGAACACCACAAGCAGUUUGUGCAGUACUGGGGCCGCGUGAUAUCAGCUGAUGCCUAUGAUGCGCUGCGGCCCCGUCUGCAGAAGUGCUCCUACUUUGUGAUUCCUGUGUUCCGCAUGAAGGGGCUCUUCAACGUUGUGACGAACUGGGACAAGGACCUCGUUGGCGUCGCUCCUCUUGCUGAGUGGCAGAAAAAACAGGACCACGCGCAGAUUGACAUGACAAUUCAGUUCUUUACUGAAUUUUCACGCACGAAGCGUAUUGUGCUGGUGCGGUGCGAAAUCAAGGACAAGAUAUUUGUUCGUCAGGAUUGCGUCUUUAUCACCCAGAUGCUCCUCAAGUACUACACCCUGCCGCACCUCUACGAGACGUGGGUGGAGGUGUUUAACAAGCGUCCGCACAUGUUUGACUACCACAUGUACCUCCGUCACAUGAAGGAGGAGGCGCAGCGGGACGACAUACACAUCGAGGACAAGAAGACACAGAUGAAAUUAGACGCGUACGGGCCGGUGAUUGACACCCCACCUGAUGCCAUCGCGCAGCAGAUCUUAGGCAGCGUCGACACCGGAGUCCUGCAGGGUGGCGGUACUACUACACCGUGA